GUCCCAGAGACGGUCUAGAGCAGAGGGGGUGGGGACUGCCCGCGUAAGUGACUCACCCUGCUGAGAGGUGGAGACUUAGGCUGGCUUUCCCUCCAGGUCACAGAAAUGCUGUGGAUCUGGGCUGUCCUCUCUCUGGUGCUUGCUGGAUCACAAGAGGCUGAUAGCAUCUCUGAGGGUUCAAAGUUGAGGAGGAAUGUUCGUGAAACUGAGCCUAACUGCCCAGAAGGAUUAUACCGUGGGGGCCAAUUUUGCUGUCAACCAUGCCAGCCUGGUGAACGAAAAUAUUUGGACUGUACAACCAAUGGUGAUAAACCACGCUGCUUUCCCUGCAAAGAAGGGAAGGAAUACAUGGACAAGGAAAAUUAUUCUGAUAAAUGCAGAAGAUGUGCAUUCUGUGAUGGAGAGCAUGGUUUAGAAGUGGAAACAAACUGCACCCAGACUCAGAAUACCAAAUGCAAGUGCAAAUCCAACUUCUAUUGCAAUGCUCCUGUCUGCGAACACUGCGAUCCCUGCGUCUCGUGUGAACAUGGGAUCCUUGAGAGGUGCACAUCAACCAGCAACACCAAAUGCAAGCAAGAAAGGUCCAGAAAUCAUUUACUAUGGCUGUUCAUCAUCCCCGGUUUGGCAAUAUUAUUGGUUGCAUUUGUAUAUAUAAAGCAUCGGAGAGAACAUCAUGUUGACCCUGAAUCUGGGACUGCAAAUUCUGAAGACAUGCCAAUGAAUCUCCCAGACGUUGACUUGCGUCAAUACAUCCUGAAUAUUGCUGAAGAAAUGUCUUUAGAUCAAGUUAAGACAUUUGUCCGGAAGAAUGGGAUGUCUGAGGUGAUGAUAGACGAGAUCAAGAAUGAUAAUCUCCAACACACAGCUGAGCAGAAAAUCCAGUUGCUUCAGUGGUGGUAUCAAGCUCAUGGCAGGAAGGAUGCAUAUCGCACUUUAAUUAAAGGCCUCAGAAGAAUGAAACGCUAUGCUCUUGCAGAUAGAAUUCAGGCCAUAAUCCAGGCGGACAUUGAAAAUACAAAUGCAGACACCAGAAAUGAAAAUGAAUGAAAGACAAAGAUUCAAGUGAAAGCUACCUCAGUUCCAACUAGAGAGAGAGAGAGAGAGAGAGAGAGAGAGAGAGAGAGAGAGAGAGAGAGAGAGAGAGAGAGAGAGAGAAUCUUUUAAACCAGCACUGUGACUGGUGUCUGAGGCAGGACCAUUGCUGUGAAUUUAAGGCCAGACUGUGCAACAUAGUGAGCUCUGGACUAGCCUUGUUUCAAAAAAUAACAAAAGGAAAAAAGAAAGCAUAGAAGAACAUUUUUUAAUAACGGAAAUCUAUAAAUGUUGUUUGGCUUUUUGUUGAGAAUAUUUUCUAUUUCCUUAGAUUUGUAAAGGACAAUAUAUUUAUAAGAUGUGAAGAUUUCAUGAUUCUGUUUUGAGUAAUGUUGAAAUGCAUGUGGAGAAUGGGCAGGAACAAGAGCAGCUGCGGUAGUGAUUUAUGUACCCACACAGAAGUCUACACAGAAGCCUAUAAACUUAAUAUCAUGCUCCAGCCUUGAGUGGAGAUGGUGUGUGCUGGCCUGUAAUGGACCAUCCUGCUCACCCGGCCAUAGAAGGCAGGAGGAUGGCUAUAAAGUCAUACACACUGUAAAGGUUGCUUUGUCCCAACCCAAACUCCAGGAUAAUUGUAGAGAUUUUAUCAUAUGCAGAGACUUGGCUAGCCAUCCUUAGAACAUACACAUGCAAAGCUUGCAUGUAUACUUAAAGGUAGAAUUAAAUAAGGUUCUGUUGCAAAGAUUUUUUUUUUGUGCAGACCAUUGGUGUUUGUGCAGUAAUAUUUCUCAUUUAAAUUUGUGUGGAAAAUGUAGAAUAAAUCUGAAUGAUUGAAUAUAUUCUAUUUAUAUAUCACUUUAUACUUCCAAAACAAUUUGCUUGUUUCUCGAGUGUCAAAAGUGCUUUUUCUCUCUUUUGAUUUUUUUUUAAGGUAAACUCAUUUUUAUUUGGCUCCAACACCACAAAAAUCAAUAUUACACACAAGUCCACAAAAACAAAUAUUUCUUUAAAAUUUUAUUUCACCAACCCCUCUCAGUAUAUGGUGCAUAUAUGGUAAGUUUGGUGAGUGUGUGUGUGUGUGUGUGUGUGUGUGUGUGUACCAGGUCAAGGUGGUGGAAGUCAGAGCGCAUGCUUCAGGAAUGGGUUCUUUCCUUCUAUCAUGUGGGUACUGUAGAUUGAACUUUUGUCAUUGGGGUUGGUAGCAAGAGCCUUUGCUACUGAGCAAUCUGCCCAAACCACCAAUGCUUAAAGUACAUAACGUUUUAUUGAACAAUAACUGAAUUCUUCAUGAAGAACAUUAUGUCUACUUGGCUGAAUAUUAUGUUUUAGCCAGGAAUAUAAAAAGACUAUUAGCUACUGAAUGAAGAAACAGAUAUCCUGGUAGACUACUUUGUAAAUUUAACUGAAUAAAACUGACAUAACUCUUGGUAUUUUUCUUUUUUGAAUAGAAGUGUAUUACUCCAGCCUCACUACCUCUCAGUUUUCUCCUUGUUCAACUUGAUACAAACAUAUCCACUCCUAAACCUGGAAACUUUUCUAAAGAAAUAAUGGUCCCCACAAAAACCAGAACUUCCUGGAAAAUUCUAACCUGAUUUGAAAGAGUUACAUUACUUAUUUAGGGGUAGGUUAAGGCAUGGACUCAUGCCUACACGACCAGUGGUGGGGAGAAAAAUGAAAGCCUUUUGGCAAUUCCUGGCGUGUUCUCUUUGCCUACAAAUGAUGGUUGAUGCUCAGCAAAGCGGAAAUGCCCAGAAGGCUCUAGGAAUUGCUUCUGUUAUUCUCUUUAGGUUCUGAGACAAACCAUUUCCUCCAUCUGCUGCUAUGCUGGUAUCUUUGCAUUUAAACCUCUAUGAAAAUUGUAUUAAAUGUGAAUUGGAAUCUGCAGUGUCUCUUAUGUUCAUGUACUGUGAACUGAGGAGACUCAUAAACAGAAACACACACUUGCAGUUACCUAGUGAUCUUCCACUAACGAACGAUUCUUUCCCCCUACGUAUGGAAAUGUAUGAUAAAGGAGAUAAUUUUCUUUAAUUAAAGUAUCAUUUUGGCAUUUCUAA